AUGUCGGACAGAACAAUGACACGGCAAAUACUGUUGUUUAUCUCGGUUCUCUCUCUCAGUUCAGUGCACGGGCAGGUCAGUUACUCCAUUCCCGAGGAAAUGGCGAAAGGCUCUUUAGUCGGUAACAUAGCGCAGGAUUUGGGUUUAGAUAUCAAAAGACUGAAAUCAGGUAAAGCUCGUAUUUACACUGGAGACAGCGCAGAGUACAUCGAGCUGAACAAAGAACGGGGAGUUCUCCUCAUCAAAGAGAGAAUAGACCGUGAAGCUCUCUGCGGACAGACGACGCCUUGCGCACUACAUUUUCAGAUUAUUCUAGAGAACCCGAUGGAAUUUUAUUCCAUUACUGUUGAGGACCAGAAUGACAACGCGCCUCAGGUUCUGUACCCAGUCCAGACUAGCAGCUCUCUGGUGGCUGAAAUGGUGCCUCGUUCAGCAGAUGUGGGCUAUCUUGUAACUAAAGUGGUGGCUGUUGAUGUGGACUCUGGACAGAAUGCCUGGCUCUCGUAUAAACUGCAGAAAGCGACAGACAGGGCGCUGUUUGAAGUGGGCUUACAGAAUGGAGAAAUAAGAACUAUUCGCCAAGUCACUGAUAAAGAUGCUGUGAAACAAAGGCUCACUGUUGUAGUGGAGGACAACGGGCAGCCCUCUCGUUCAGCUACAGUCAAUGUUAACGUGGCGGUGGCGGACAGCUUCCCUGAAGUGCUCUCGGAGUUCACUGACUUUACGCACGACAAGGAGUACAAUGAUAACCUGACUUUUUACUUAGUCUUGGCUUUGGCUGUAGUCUCAUUUCUGUUCAUCACAUGUUUAGUGGUUAUUAUGUCAGUGAAAAUAUACAGAUGGAGACAGUCUCGCGUCCUCUAUCAUUCCAAUCUCCCUGUUAUUCCGUAUUAUCCACCGCGCUACGCAGACACUUUGGGGACAGGAACUCUACAGCACGUGUACAAUUACGAGGUGUGCAGGACGACUGACUCCAGAAAGAGUGACUGUAAGUUCGUCAGACCCUGUAGUCAGAACGUACUGAUAAUGGACCCCAGUUCUACAGGGACGAUGCAGCGGAUGCAGAGUGAACAGAACAUCCUGGAUGAACCAGACUCCCCACUAGAGAUUCUAACCAGCCCAAAUAUCUUGUAA